GAGAGAGAGAGAGAGAGAGAGAAUAUUAGAUGUACAGGUGAUAUUUAAAGUAAUGACAUGAAUCAGACUGGUAAAGAUACAGUUUUGAUUUCUUACAUUGGGAUUUUUUUACCUUUCUUGCUUCUACAGAGGUCAGGUGGGUGGGGUCUACUCCAUUUUUAAAUAGCUUCAGCUACCUUCCUGUAUCUCUAAUUCUUCUCUGUGAUGCUUGUAGCCUUGCAGGGGCUUUUAAUGGAGGAGAGGACCUUUAAAGAGCAGUUUGAUGUAGAUGGGAUUGUUUCUUGACAGGACCACAUUUCAUUUCAUUUCAUUUCUUCUACAGGUAUAGUUAAAUUUCACUUUGUUCUUCAAUUUCUUCUAUCCUCAAUCCAUUGCUUCUUCUGUGGCUUUUUCUGCUCUUUUUCUGAAUUUUUUCCAAGCCAUUUUUGAGAUCUAGGGUUCUUUAAUUUUGUGUAUUGUGCACAGAACUUAACCAAAAUUUGCUCCUUCUCAUCAGUUUUAGCUGCUUGGUUUUAUUUAAAUUGCAUUUUGUCUUUCAAUUCAAAUUUCUAAGAGUUUCAUCAAUGGAAAAAAACUUGUUUCUUUUGUUUUUUUCUUUUUUAACAAAAAUCAUUAUUUAUAUUUUCAACUAUCUUUUUUUGCCUUUAGAAGUGUACAUGAACUUAAAAGAACAUUUGUAUUUUCUUCCAUUCCUAGGUCAAAAUAUAGCGCGGUUUAGUUUGGCUAUAUUUUGACCUAGAGGUCAUAGGUUGGUGUUAUCAGCGACAAAAUGAAGAACAACUAAAUAAAUGAACAGAUAAAUAGGUAAAUGCACCAAACUAAGAUAUCAAGACAACGCUUAUAUUAAGGCUUCGUUUGGAACGGCUUUCUUACUACUUAAAGUAGUUUUCUAAUAUAAAAAUUUUAAUUUUUAUACUAGAAAACAAUUUUAAGAAACAAUAAAGAAAGCCAUCUCAAACGAAACCUAAGACUCACAUAUCCUCUCUUCAGAGGAAACAAAGCUCAAAUUCUCAUCAACUAAACAAAAAAGAAAAAUUAAUUUUCACUUAUUUUCUCCCAAACAAAACAAGAAAAUGAAAACUAAUUUCAGUUCAAUUCCUCUACUAUUCCCAUUUAAUUUCCCUUUCAUUUCCUCUCAGUGAAUUCUUACAAUAAAUUGAUUUACUAUCAUUGAUUUGAAACACAGUUAUUGUUCCAUCUCAGGCAUGGCUUCUUACUCAUCUCAGCCUCAAGAACUAUGUCAUUGUUUACAAUGUGAUAAGAAAAUCCAAAAUGAUUUUCUUCAAUCAUGGAUGAAUGAAGAAGCAGGGAAACAAGAAAGCUUCCUUGGCCUUGUUCAUGGACAUGGAAAUGGAAAUUCAUUGUCACUAAGCCUUGGAUCUCAUAUGGAAUCAAUGAAUUCAUAUAACUAUAAGAAAACACAUACACUGUCAAAUGAUAUUAGCUCAAACUCUUUGGUUCAUGAAGAUGUUAUGGUGGAAUCAUCAUCUUCAUGUGCUGAACAUGCAAAGCAUGAGUGCAUGACAUGUGAUGGCGAUGCAGCGAGCAGUGGCUGUGGUUCGAGAAGUUCAGAUGCAAAUUACUACGACUCGAUCUCGAUCGUUAGUUUUGUUCAGAAUUCUCGAUAUCUUAAGCCUGCGCAACUAUUGCUUGAUGAAGUUGUUUUUGUGAACAAAAAUUCAGAUAUUGAGCUUUCUUCAGAGGAGAAAAUGGACAGAACUGAUGCAGUGGAUGUGUUGAGUUGUGGUAGACCACAAUUUACAGGAGAAGAGAUGGAUUCAAAGAAAGGAAAUAUGAAAUUUCUAUGUUUGACAAAGGAAAAGCAAGACAUUGAGACUAGAAUUACCAAGCUUGUAGCUCUGCUUGAAGAGGUUUUUACUUCCAUACGCUUAAAUGGAGAAUGGAGAUUCAUAAUGACAAUCACACAUAGUUUGGGUAAGACUAAUGUUGAUGAUGUAAUAUAUUUAUUCAUUAGUUUUAGUAUUUUUAUCCAGCUUGAAAGACAUCAACAGCAAUAUUUCCAUCAAAUGCAUGCACUAGUAGAUUCCUUCGAAGCUAUAGCUGGUACUGGAGCUGCUGCUGCAUAUACAACUCUCACCAUGAAAGCAAUGUCGAAACACUUCUCUAACCUGAAGGAUACCAUAACUACUCAUAUAACUUCUGCAAGUAAAGCCUUAUCCAAAGACUUAUCAAGAAACAAUGGAGCUCCAUCUCUUUACACGCACAGUCACAGCAAUUAUAAGCAUAAAAAAGAAGCACUUCAAAGCAUAGGCAUGGUGCGUAUUCAACAGGUUUCAAGGCCACUUAGAGGAUUACCUGAAGAUUCAGUUGCAGUACUAAGAGCCUGGCUUUUCAAUCACUUCCUUCACCCGUACCCAAGCGAUAAUGAGAAGCUUUUGUUGGCUUCACAGACUGGCUUGAAAAGAAACCAAAUAUCAAACUGGUUCAUAAAUGCACGGGUUCGGCUGUGGAAGCCUAUGAUAGAAGAGAUGUAUAGAGAGGAGUUUACAGAGGAUCAACAGGAUUCAAAUCCUUCUCCUUAGAAGUGGCAAUAGUGAAGCUAUCAUCUGGAACUGGAAGAAAUGGAUCAGCUAAAUGUUGACAAUUUUGAGUUGAUUCAGAGAUUUAUGGGUCCAUGUUAUAUAUUAUAAUGAGAGGCAUUAAGCUUUCUACUAUGCAGAUGCAUAUUUUUUGAGAGAUUGAGCAUUAUUUUCAAAUUUAGUAGACUUUGUUUAUGGAAGAUGAAAUCAAGUGAAUUAUAACACAAUCAAUCUGUAUGUAUCUACAUUUGGAGAUGUUGUGUGAUGCAGCUUUGUGUUGGUAAAGUUUCUCCAAGGAGAUCAGGUUUCACUGGAGUUGACUACUUCUACCAGUAAGGAUGUGAAACAAAAUAUUAAUGUCCCCCACUUGAAAGUUUCAACCUAAGUAAUGAGAAUUUGAUUUGUAAGAUAACGACUAAGUGAUGAGGCAUGAGUCCAUGACUAACGUGUAUGGGCGCAGCUGGUCAACCUUGUCCAAUCAAGCUCAAGACCAAUGUGCUAUAUGAGCUCAAGAAACAAUAUUAUGGAACUCUCUGAUCUCCAAGGAGAGAUGUCUAAGACUCUUAAGGGAAGUUCCACUAGGGAUAAAGUCAUUCGCCUCUGGAUUAAGAGCAUUUAGGUACAUUAAGCUAUAGGGUGGAGAUAUGUACUACAUAGGAGGAGGGUCAGUAGACUCCUUCGGAUGUUUGCUAUCGAAGCUUAGGAGAUAUAAAAUUGUCACAGGAAAUGAAAUUUGAAGGUGUUGUGUUUUAUGUGUCACUUGAGCUUCAUCUUGAUCACUUGUCAUUUAAGCUACUUACCAGUACUUAUAUAAUUGCAGAACAAAUAAAUCCCAAUAAGGAUCAUUGAUUUGUAAGACAAUGAUUAAGGAUUUGUUUGGAAGAUCUUUUUCAACUGUUUUUUUUUUAUAAGAAUAGCAGUUAGUGAAAAAUAAUGUCUAUUUGAAAGACAGUUUUUUCAUUGUUUUUUUACAAAUUUUUGCCUUCAAAAAAUUAUUUUUGAA